AUGGACUCUCAUACAAAAACAGGGAAGGUUUACCUUCAACCUCGCAAAGCUGGAAAAAAAUGGAAGCCGGUGUUGCUGUCCCUGGUUCCAGCCAGCAACAAUGGAGUCGGUCGAUUGGAGAUUCAAUUUAUAGGAGGUGGUGGUGGAGGAAGAGAUCAUGUUGCAGGCUUAAAGAAACACCACCAGCCUCAAGAAAGCAAGGUCAAAGUGGUGCGACUUUCUGAACUUAUCAGUGUCUUGAGACUCCCACCAAAUGCUGAAGCCUGUCCCAUGGAAAACAUGUCAGCUUUUUGUGUGGAGUCACAAGAGAGAACAAUGGUGUUUUCUACAGAAAAAGAUGACUGUGUGGAAUGGGUUGAGAAACUUUGUCAAGCAACAUUUCAGAAGGAUGCUGGCUCAAACACUAAAGAGCUUCAUAUGGAAGAAAACCUGAUAUAUGCAACUGCAAAUGCCUUAGAGUUUUACGUUGUGGUGCAAAGAACAGAUGCAGCAAUACGUUGUGGACUGCUGGGUUCAUACUGGCUACAGGUUGGACCGCGGACUCUACUUCUGAAAGAUAUUCAGAAGGUGAACAUUGUAAGACAGUGGCCAUAUGAACUGCUAAGGCGAUAUGGUAAAGACAAGCUGACCUUAACCAUCGAAGCAGGAAGACGAUGUGACAGCGGUCCCGGAACAUUCACCUUUGAAACACAACAAUCUGAAAAAAUAUUCAAUCUGAUUCAGAGUACUAUCAAGCAGAAGACUUUAGCUGUUUCAUCCGGUAACCUUCACCAGGAAGAAGACAAGUCUGUAGUGACUAACAUACUGGCAAAAUCCCCUCUCCCUGAAAUACCUGAUAUGACAGGUAUAGCCUCCAUUCUGGAAAACAGGAGGUUGCAGGUAAAGACAGAGGACAAUGUAGGAGCUCGAAAUGAUGCUGCUCAUUCAUCAGAAAAUAAGUCAUUACAGCCAGCUCCAAUCACCCUCAUGCCUCUCCCAAUGGUCCCAAAACUUGACAAACCUUCUGGAGAUCUUCAUGAUUGCCAAUCAGAAGCUGAAUACGCCAACCCAGCUGACUGCAUUCAAAACGUACAAAUACCUAAAGUUGCACUGUCUUAUGUGUAUGUAGACCCCGCAAGUGUUCUUCCGCUUCAUCCUCCAAAAGAAAGCCUAAUUUCUGUUUCCAACUCUUUGACCCCACAGCCUUGUGUCAUUAGUGAUGAGUCUGUUUAUUCAGAGGUGUAUGACAAAGUCAUUAUAAAUGACCCAAAGCAAUUUGCAGAGGAUGAACCUAUUUAUACUGUACCUGUAAGCAAGGCAACUGGAGCUCCUGAAAAAGAUGAAACCAAACCAGACCCGUUUGCUCACCUCUAUGCUCAAGUCAAUAAAACACCUCCAUCAUCAAGUCCCUCUUCAACCCCACCUCCCCCCUCUUCAUCAUCCUUGGCCAACAGCAUGGCUGCUACCAAAAUCUCCGACCCCUCUCCUGAUGAUGUAAUCUAUGAAAACCUGGGUAUCAUUUAA